GUCCACUGACACACACCCAAACGCAUGCUUCUCAGCAGGGCUUUGUAAUACUAUGUGCACUCCCUCGUGUGUUACUAUUAUAUCCAGCAGGAAACAGAUUUGGGCAUACUGGUUAAUGCUUCAACCAAAUUCACUCGCUCAAGAACAUUUCCAUAGUUUUUCGGCUUUGUUUUUUAAUUUUUUACACGCAAGUGCUGUAAUUAUUUCCUGCUAUCUGGGACACGUACGACCUGUCCUGUGCAGCUGGAUGAGAGUGAAAAGCCAUUUGGAUUGAGACAUGGAGCUGCUCUUUUUUCUUCUCAUUCCCCUGUUUGCAUCUUUAUCCAUAAUCUUGGCAGGAAAUGAUACAAACAUACAAACUUCGGUACCUCCAAACACAACUUUGUCUCCGUUGCCUGUUGAAGGCCAAACUAAAGAAACAGUGACCUACACUGCGUCAUCUCAGCAUGAGAAUGGCACGACCAAUGGCACCUCAAAAACUGCGAUCACAACAGAAGCUCCGGUACCUUCUAACCACACAGGCAGUACUGUUGGAUCCAGCCUUUCUUCGCAUACCACAUCAGGACAGCCUACCAUCACCAGCUCCAUGUUCACCACACCAAAAUCCUACACAACUUUAAAUUCCACCUCAACCCUAGCGGCCAAAAUAACAGACAGUACUGAUGGAUCCAGCCUAAUGCAUAACACAACAGUGGAUGUUUCUCUUCCCCCAAAGACAACCGCUAAUUCAAACAUCAACAUGUCAGAGGAGACAGCAACACCUUCACAGGCACCAGACAGCGGUCUCACUUUGCUGGCCUUUGGUGUGAUGAGUCUUAUACUCAUUUUAAUUGUUGUCAUGGUUGUCCUGGUGACUGCUAUCAACCUCAGGGGAAGGUGUAGAAAUACCAAACAGCAUGAGGGUAUUAAAAACUGUGAUUCUGUGGUUUCUGACAGCAACAUGACUAGCAACUGUGAGAAAGAGAGCAUCACUCUUGUCUCUGUGAGGACAAUCAACACAGAAAACAUUACAGAUUCUCCCCAAAUGUCUUCAGUUCGCAGCACUAUAGUGGAUAAUGAUGACCAAGAAUUUAGAGACCUGCUGGGCAUCAAAGACGGACUGUGAUUUGACUCAGUUCGCAGUGCACGAGAUUGGAGGCUCUAUUUAUAAUAUCAAAUGAAUGUGAAUGAAUGCGCCUCUAGCUGAUGGUCAGCGUACAGAUCACACAUCAUGGUUAUGGCAUACUGUACAUUGGUGCACUGUGUAUUAAAUGACUCCUAUAUCAGACAUGCUCUCAUAUAAUGAACAUGACACAUCCUUCAUUUAUAUAUUAAAUGUCACUUUUGUGUUUUGUUUUGUGUUCAUCUUUUUUGGAUUAAAAAAAGUGCAUUCAUUUGUAAUGUCAUGUAUUUGUGAAGUGAAAUAUGAAGCGUAAGGCUUUGAGUCAAGUCCUAUUUUAGUUUUUUUUUUUUCACAUUUGACAUUAUAUAUUUUUGCCAUUGUCCUGAUGACCCUGCUGAGACUUUUA